AUGGCAACUGGUGACAUUGGACUCAUUGGUUUGGCCGUCAUGGGUCAAAACCUCAUUCUCAACAUGAAUGACAAGGGUUUCAAUGUCGUAGCUUAUAAUCGCACCGUAGAGAAAGUCGAUCGCUUCCUUGCCAACGAAGCCAAAGGCACCAACGUCCAGGGCGCCCACUCUAUCAAAGAGCUUUGCUCUAAGCUGAAGAAACCACGAAAAAUCAUCCUCCUCGUCAAAGCCGGUUCCGCCGUCGAUGAUUUCAUCAGUCAGCUAUCUCCCCAUCUAGAGCAGGGUGAUAUCGUUAUCGAUGGUGGUAAUUCCCACUACCCGGAUUCGAUUCGCCGUACCAAAGAGCUUGAGGCCAAGGGUCUCCUCUUUGUCGGCUCUGGUGUUUCUGGAGGUGAAGAAGGUGCUCGUCACGGUCCCUCUCUCAUGCCCGGUGGCUCUACCGCCGCCUGGCCUCAUAUCAAGGAAAUCUUUCAAAAGACCGCAGCUCAAGCAUACGGCGAACCUUGCUGUGACUGGGUUGGUGAAACUGGAUCUGGCCACUACGUCAAGAUGGUACACAAUGGUAUCGAAUACGGUGAUAUGCAAUUGAUUGCUGAGGCAUACGAUAUCUUGAAGCGUGGUUUGGGACUUCCGGAAAAGGAGAUCGCCGAUAUCUUCCGCAGGUGGAAUAAGGGUGUCCUCGACUCGUUCCUCAUCGAAAUUACGGCAGAAAUCCUCCAAUUCAAUGACGAUGAUGGUGAACCAGUCUUAACCAAGGUUCUCGAUCAGGCUGGUCAGAAAGGGACCGGGAAAUGGACUGCAGUCGCCGCCCUGGAGGCUGGUUCGCCAGUAACACUCAUCGGCGAGGCCGUCUUCGCUCGUUGCUUAUCUGCUAUCAAGGAAGAGCGUGUCCGUGCUAGCAAAAUUAUUGCCGGCCCCCAAAAAGAACCAUUCCGCGGCGACAAACAGUUGUUCAUCGAUGACUUGGAGCAAGCUCUGUAUGCCUCUAAACUCAUUUCUUACACACAGGGAUUCAUGUUGAUGCGUCAAACCGCCAAAGACCUUGGAUGGAAUCUCAACUACGCAGGCAUUGCUAGUAUGUGGCGUGGAGGGUGCAUCAUCAAGAGUGUCUUCUUGAAGGAUAUCACUAGUGCUUUCAACAAGAACCAGAAUCUUGAGUCGCUUCUCUUCGACGAUUUCUUCAACAAAGCCGUUCACCGCGCACAACCUGGCUGGCGUCGUGUAAUUGCCCAGGCUGUCCUGUGGGGUAUUCCCACUCCUGCUUUCAGCACCGCCCUCGCUUUCUUCGAUGGCUACAGAAGUGAGAUCGUACCUGCCAAUUUGCUUCAGGCUCAGCGCGAUUACUUCGGUGCACAUACCUUCCGUGUCCUUCCUGGAAAAGAGAACGAGAGAUUCAAGACUGGACAAGACAUUCAUGUUAAUUGGACCGGUCGUGGCGGUAAUGUUUCUGCAUCCAGUUAUAACACAUGA